CUUUGGCAUUUGGCGUACCGGCAAUGAUGCAUGUAUUAAACAAGGAAAAUGGUAAAUCCUCAAAAGUGAGGAAUCCGCUUUGUCUUGUGCUUUCCCCUACAAGAGAGUUGGCUGAACAAAUAUUUAAUGUUCUGUGUAGUGCCGGCCAAGCAUGUGAUGUCAAAUCCGUUUGUUUGUAUGGGGGAACAUCUAAAGGACCUCAGAUUUCUUCUUUGAAGUCUGGUGUUGAUUUAGUCAUUGGGACACCUGGUCGUCUGAAGGAUUUGAUGAAUAUGGAGGUGUGUCAGCUUAAUGAAGUAUCUUUUGUGGUCCUAGAUGAAGCUGAUCGAAUGCUUGACAUGGGAUUUGAAGAGGAUGUUCGCUUUAUAUUGGGAAGGACAUGUUCUGCUCGUCAGAUGGUAAUGUUCAGUGCUACAUGGCCUGCAGCAGUUCACCGGUUAGCCCAAGAGUACAUGAACCCUAAUCCUGUUAAGGUUGUGAUUGGCUCAGAAGAUUUAGCUGCCAACCAUGAUGUUAUGCAGAUAGUUGAGGUUUUGGAUGACCGUGCACGAUAUGAGCGUUUGACUGCUUUGCUCAAGAAAUAUCAUAAAUCUCAGAGGAAUAGAGUGUUGGUGUUUGUCUUGUACCAGGCAGAAGCUGAUCGUAUUGAAAGUAUGCUCAAGAGAAGUGGCUGGAAUGUUGUUUCUAUACAUGGUCGCAAAGCUCAAAAUGAUCACACCAAGGCUCUAUCAUUAUUCAAGAAAGGAAGCUGUCCUUUGGUGGUAGCUACGGAUGUGGCUGCUAGAGGCUUGGAUAUUCCGGAUGUUGAAGUAGUGAUCAAUUAUAGUUUUCCUCUAACUACAGAGGACUACGUACACCGGAUAGGAAGGACUGGGAGAGCUGGUAGGAAGGGUGUUGCUCACACAUUCUUCACACAGCAGAAUAAGGGACUUGCUGGAGAACUGGUAAAUGUUCUCAAAGAAGCUGGGCAGGUUGUUCCACCUGCACUGUUGAAAUUUGGAACUCAUGUCAAGAAGAAGGAGUCCAAGAUAUAUGGGGCUCACUUCAAGGAAAUUGCUGCCGAUGCUCCAAAGGCUAAAAAGAUAACAGUUGAUGACUCAGAUGAUGAUAACUGAUGCCGGUGCUUUGCAGUAAAAUAUGGAGAAUUGAUUAUGA